ACCUGGCUGUGAUCUGUGUAGCGUCUUGAGCACAGUUCACCUCAACGCAAGGAAUAGCUGGGUGCCCGACGCUUUUAAUAUGAGGGGGACUAUCGCAUGGGUCCUACCAUCCUGCAAGGAAGUCCCAGUAUCUUCAGAGGUCAGCGGGUCCCGGAACGUUAUGAUUACCGUCGCGCAAAAAUCUGGGUCGAAAACUGUUUACAUUACCAUAAACGCUGUCGCACUGGGAAACAAAUCCCGAGUCAGAUGCGACUGAUGGAUUGCUACGAGAAGAAGAUUGUCAAAGCUGACCCAAGCUCACGUUGGGUUGCAUUGAGUUAUGUUUGGGGCCCGAAUGAUGUUUCGGCGUCGACUAACCAGAAGAAAAAUGUCGAACGAUACUCGUGGCCAUCCUGCAUUCCCAGAACAGUAGCAGACGCCAUGACUGUUACUGUUGACCUUGGGUUUCGUUACUUGUGGUGUGACGCAUAUUGCAUCGAGCAAAACAACAAUAUACAUAAGGCUGACCAGAUACGCAACAUGGACAAGAUUUAUCGGUACGCAGAAUUCACAAUUGUCGCCACUGGUUCCAGUAAGCACAGCGGUUUGCCUGGAGUCAAUUGUGACCGCCAAUCGCAGUACAAAGUCUUCUCUAUCGACAACAGAAACAUUGCUUGUUUGUCAUCAAGGGAUGCCUUUACGAGACUCCGAAGUUCAGUAUGGAUGGAACGCGGCUGGACGUUCCAGGAAAGCCUGAUGUCAAAAAGGCUCCUUGUUUUCACCGAUUUUGAGAUGUCCUUUUAUUGCGAUACCGCGUCGUGGACGGAGUCGAUUGGCGGCGUUGAGCACAUUAAAGACCCCAAUGGUGUCACAUGGGAUGAUUGGAGCACGAAGUUAUCUCCGGUCGGUUCCGUCCACUGUACUUCGACUGCGCCGUAUCCUGAAAGUAUUUUUCAUCAACAUCAGAAUUUCAUGCGUUUAGUUGCGCAAUACACCACACGUAAACUGAGCCACGAUUCAGACACACUGAAUGCUUUCUUUGGGGCGAUUGAGUACUUGUCAGAAAUACAGCCCUUGCUCUACCAUAUCGCUGGCCUGCCAUACUUACCAGGAACAAUGGAAGAUGCCGGCCUCAAAGAAGAGUACUUUUUUCGUUCAUUGGGGUGGCAACUGCUCCUUCCUAGCAUGUGUAGGCGGAGGCAAGGGUUUCCAUCCUGGUCUUGGACGGGCUGGAUAGGUGAUAUGGCCAAUCCAUUCGAUGUUCCAGGAACUUUUACACCGUUGGCACGAAACGCACGUCUAGAGUCGGAGAGCGUGUCUGCAAACACACACUCGAUUUACGAGGAGCUCUCCAGAGCAUUUCUCGACACCGUAUCCGUCAUUCACUUUGACGUUGAUUUGGUGACUGUACAGGAUUUUCCCGGGUCCAAUGAGCCCAUGUUUGAAUCCACCCAGUGGGACAUGGGCAAGGAGCAAAAAUUGAAAAAGAUGUUUCCCAGCGAGUCUUUGUUUGUCCGAAAGGAAUUAUAUACGAACAUUAUUCGGGGUCUCUGGUCUUUCCUACUGCUUGGCUGCUUCUCUCACGAUGGGCGCAGCAAAGGGUUACUCCUGGCCGUGAAGUGGAAGGACUCGGUCACGGCGGAAAGGGUGGGGUGUUUUCAUAUUAAAGACGUUGGGCCGAUCAUGUCCCGUGAGCUGAGAAGGAAGAGGGUGAGACUUAUCUAGGCCUGUACGUAGUUGUAUAUGACACGCAUGGGCUCAGAGACUUGUUUCCUGUUUGCGCGUGUCUUGUACAAGAUUGAGCGAUGUGGUG